AAACAUCCGUUUGCAGUAACUUACUCGGGGGCCUCCCUUAUGGUUAUAUAUCUACCUUUGUCAUUCCUAAAAGAUUUUAUAUACAAUUCGAUGAGAAGGCAUUCCGGAAGCACUAAAGCUUCAAAAGUCACAAACAUAUCUUCCUUCGGCGGUAGUGCCCCUUUGAAGAAUGGUGAAUUUCAGAAGAUGUUGGAAAUGGAGUCACAAAAAACUAUAGUGAUCAAUUACACUGAUGUGGACAUUCCUGUACUAGAAGAGACAAAACCACUUAUAUAUGAAGUCACCGGAAUUAGUGAUGGCGUUUUGAAGGAGCAGCAGCUUUCCACUAAGGAGAUUGCAACUUAUGGAUUGUAUCUUUGUCCCUUAUGGUUUGUGACAGAGUAUUUAUCAAAUGCGGCGCUUGCAAGAACUAGUGUUGCCAGUACCACUGUACUGUCUUCAACUUCGGGACUCUUCACUCUUUUCAUUGGUGUGUUACUUGGCCAAGAUUCCAUAAAUGCUGCAAAAGUUAUUGCUGUUUUCAUUAGCAUGGCUGACGUGGUAAUGACAACUGUGGGCCAGACUUGGGCAUUCUAUGAAUCAGAAGCAGGCAAUUCUAGGGUUACACAGAGGACUCUUCUAGGUGAUAUGUUUGGCCUUAUAUCAGCGAUCGCAUAUGGCCUAUUUACUGUGCUUCUCAAAAAAAAUUGUGGAGAGGAAGGAGAAAAGGUUGAUGUCCAAAAACUAUUUGGUUAUCUUGGACUUUUUAGUCUUGUUGCUCUCUGGUGGCUUGUCUGGCCAUUAACCGUCCUAGGCAUCGAGCCAAAGUUUUCAAUGCCCCACUCAACUAGAGUGGAUGAAGUGGUGGUGGCAAAUGGCCUAAUCGGAAGUGUAUUAUCAGACUACUUCUGGGCUCUUUCUGUUGUUUGGACUACUCCCUUGGUGGCCACCUUAGGCAUGUCUCUCACAAUUCCAAUAGCAAUGGUUGCUGAUAUGGUCAUUCAUGGUCGUCACUAUUCAUUCAGCAGUCUAUAUUCUUGAUUCUAUCCAGGUACGAAUGUCCUGCAGCUCAGUAUUUUUUGAGCUGGAUUUAUGUCAAAACCUUGUGUUAUUGGCUUCCCAUGUUGAAUUUUUUAUACCUCUGAACUGUUCCAGAUCACUGUUGCAUGUGUUUGUCAUUUGUUUUACCAUGUGUACAUGUUUUUUUCCCAGGUAUUUUCUGGCUUAUUUAUUGCCAACCUUGCAGAUCGCUUUUCACGUUCUCUAGGGCUCUAAUUUCAUGAAAUAAAACAGGUUCUUAUUAGAGUGUACAUCUGGAAGUUGAAAGUUUGGGUUGGUUAGACAAAUACUCCAGAAAACUCUGGUCUUUAGUUUCAUGAGGAUUGAAAAAUGUCAGUAGUUCUUCUUUCCCCUUUGCCCCUUUACACAUAGGAAGGGUGAAUUUUGCCUUGAUGAACAGUGAAUGCAGCAGAUCAGGAGCAUACAAUAUGCUGUAGCAGCCCUUUGCAAUUGUAAAUUCUCUUACUACAAAGUGCUUUUCAAUUUAAACUA